GUCGGAAGGGGUGUGGCCAGCGUCAUGCGAGUUUAUAAAUAGAGAUCCGCUAACAUCGGCGGCAGCAUCACACACUGCUGCUACUAUUGUGUUACAGACUGCGAUGAACAACAAGAAGUCGCACCUCUGGCAAGGUGAGAAGUGAUUGUCAGAUUCAGCAUGGAGAGGUAUUUGUUCAACCCACCAGAUGGAGGCUAUGGCUGGGUUGUGGUCACCUCGGCCUUCUUCAUCAUGGGCCUCACUGCUGCUGUUCUUAAGAAUUUCGGCCUGUUUUUCCUUGAAAUCCAAAAUCACUACAAUGUUCUUACUAGUACUACCUCAUGGGUGACCUCAACCACCAUUGCUGUGUUUCAUUUGGGAGCUCCUCUUGCCAGUGCUCUCAGUAUGCACCUGUCCCAGCGCACUGUUAUCAUGGUCGGAGGGCUUCUGGCUGCCUCAGGAAUGAUUAUCGCCUCUUUGGGCCUCAGUCUGCCUUGGAUGUAUCUGUCUGUGGGUGUAUUGCAAGGUCUUGGAGUCUCAUUUUCUUGGAUACCAGCUAACAGCAUGGUCAGCCAUUACUUCAAACGCUGGCGCCCCAUUGCCUAUUCUAUAGCUAGUUCUGGAGAGUGUGUCUUUGCCAUGGGGUUCAGCCCAUUUUUCCAGUGGCUUAUCAACAGCUAUUCUUGGCAGGGGUCUCUACUCAUCAUUGGCGGUCUUCAGCUGAAUCUGUGUGUGUGUGGUGCUCUGAUGAGGCCCCUUCAAUCUGCACAAACCUCUAUCCAAGGCAAACCUGUGCUGGACUCAAAAGGUGAAAGCAGGACAUCAAAAAAAGGUACUUUCCAGUGGCGUCUCAUUCAGAGGCCUGAGCUGCUGCUAUAUAUUGUGUUUGCCAUCUUGGCUGCAGCAGGUUUCUUCAUCCCACCUUUGUUUCUGGUGCCGUAUGCCAAUAGUUUGGGCAUGGGGCAGUAUUGGGCUGCCUCCGUUCUGUCAGUGCUGGCAUUGGCAGACCUGUUGGGCAGACUGGCAUGCGGAUGGCUGGCUAACCUGCGGCUCAUGAGAAACCUGCAGCUGCUGACCAUGGUGGCCACAGUGCUGGGGGUGGUGCUGCUUCUGCUGCCCAUUGCACAGAGCUACUGGACCAUCCUGGUCUUCUCCUCGCUCUAUGGCUUCCUGUUCGGCUGCGUGGUGGCCAUCCAUGUGACUAGUAUCGUGGAUAUUGUUGGACUGGACGGGUUUGAUAGCGGUUUAGGGCUCUUCAUGCUGUUCCGGAGCUCUGGAGGAUUUGUGGGUCCACCUGCUGCAGGCUGGCUGGUGGACUGGACUCAUGACUUCAGUGCUGCUUUCUACUUUUCUGGCAUCUGCCUUGUCUUGUCUGGGGUUUUUGUGGUGCUUGUUGACAGGAUGGUGGAGAAGAAAAAACUCAAUCUACCAGAUACAUUUACAGAGACUACAGAUCAUCCAAUACAUAAAGCGGACAGUGCAGAUGUUUAAAAGCCACUGAUGAUAAUUUACCAGUGUUUUACUUUUGUUAUAUAAACUUGUAUCGAUUUAAAGCCAUAUUAUAUUAAUGUUUUUACCUUUCAAAAAAGCUGCGGGCUUUUUAUUAUCUCAACCUCUCACCCCAUAUCUUCCAGGCAGAGAGAUAUCAGUUUAAGACUGUGGCUUCAUUGCCAUGUUUAAAGCCAAUAAUUGUUCACAUACAAUGACAACAAUGUGCCAUUCAGAGCCUGUUUCUGCCCUUAGAAAUAAUUAAAGAAGCACUGAGUGCAGAUAAGGCUACUUAUUUCAUCGUGUACAGAACAAGCAUUCAGUGAGAUAUGAUUUUACAGUAUCUGAAAGAAAUAUAAAUAUUAUGAUCUCUCUGUUUGUGUGCAUACAUGGCAAGUAAUAUGUGAAAUUACAAAUUAUAUAUGCAUUUACGCUACAUACAGUGGCUCCAAAAAGUAAAGUGGCAUCUGCAAACAAGUAAUGACCUUAUUUUUUCUGAUAUUACUUUCAAGAUGAUUUUUGAAUGGCUUAUCUUUUGUUUUAUUUAAAAUACAACAAACUUCUUUCUCUGAAAUGUUUUACUUUAAAAGUGUACUUGUAUUGUAUUUAAAAUAAAUAUUAGUUUCAUACUCUUAAAAGUGUUAUUUUAGUAUAAUUUAUAUAGUAGUAUAGUUUUUGUUAAUAUUUUGAAUUAGAUUUUAUUUUUAUAUCUCAUUUUUGUUUUAAUUUUUAAGUUUUAGUCAUUUUGUGUGGUUCUGUAAUUUUUAUUAGUUUUUUUCCACAUUUGUUCUACUUAGUUUUUAUUCAGUUUCAGUUUUUAGUUUUAGUUUGAUAAUUUAAAUGAAUAUGGGAAAUGUUGCAAUUACAUUCAUAAGUGUCUGAAUACUUUUUGGGCCCACUGUAUUAUUUCAGAAAGCCACAAAGAUUUAUGCAACAAAAUAAUACAUGGUUUUGAGCAGUUGUUGAAUAAGUGGACUGUGUCUUACAUUUAUUUGUCUUUCAUGCCUUGUGUUUCAUUGUAUAAUACCACAUUGCUCUGAGUUUGUAGGGAAGUUCCUGUCUACUCUGAAUAUAUGAUGUAAAUUAUGUGUGUACUGUACACACACACACACACACACACACACAAACACAAACAAAACUUUGGAAUCACAAAGAUGCCUUAGUAAUGUUGAAAUCUGCUUAAAUGGGCAAAGCUGCAAAAUAAGUUUUAUAAAGAAUGUGCCACCUUUAACCUCAAAAUAACAACUGCCAGCUAAAAAAUAGUGCACUGAACUAAUGUUCCUCUAAGGCAGCAGAAUCGUGUUCAGGUUUAUGAAAACAAGCUGUAGACUUUUUAUAUCAUGACCAGUGUUGGGGUUUACAAGUAACUUGAGUUACGUGAUCAGAUUACUUUAAUUUAACAAGUAAAAUAAUACAUUACUGUUAAAUUUACAACAAAAUAUCUGAGUUACUUUUUCAAAUAAGUAACGCAAGUUACUUUGUUUUUCCAUUUAUUGACAACUCUACAUGUGUGAAUUUGCAUUUCCUUUGGCCUAAGGCUUGUUCUUUUCACUUUCAGUGUGAAAGGACCCUUACAUUUGGCAAAAAUAGAACUUUUUUUUUUUGUUGUUAUUUAAAAAACAAACAAGCAAGCCCAGCCCAGGUGAGAAAAAGUAAUGUGCAACAUUACUUUCCAUAAAAAGUAACUAAGUAACACAAUUAAUUACUUUUUAGGGAGUAAUGCAAUAUUGUAACGCAUUACUCACUGAUCACGACAUAUCAAAUAGUAUGUCUUUGAUGUAAAUGUGCCAUGACCUGUAGAAUUGUGCAAUGUAAUUUAAUGUCAUAUGCAUAUUUUAGUCUUUUGGUACUUCCCCAAAUGCACAUUAUCUUACCAAAGAUACAUAGAGAAAAACACUGGUGGCAGUGUUAAUUGGGUUUAUUGAGCAAGUAAUGUCUUCGUUUACAGAAAUGGAUUUGUUGUUUUAUGUACAGUGUUUGAAUUUUGUGGUGAUGAAAAGACUUGCUUUUUUUCCUUAAUUGCGAGUGACAAUCAGGGAACAUAUGGUAUUUAUCCCGAUGUUCCCUUUGAGUUGUAAAAUAAUAAUAAUUUAGGUUAAUCCAAUCAGAUUUAUUUCUGUGUAGCAGAGCUGUGUGAGCUGAAUGUCAUUCAUUCAGCCUUUAAGUUUUAUUAAAUGCAAGAAUUAUGCUGUUGACAACCACUUAUUGUUUUUAUAUUCAGGGGCAUUUGAAUAUCUCUUUUGACAUUUGUCUUUAUACAAUGCAUUUUUAAUAUUUUUUAAAUGUAUAGUCUAGUAAGCACCGCCAAAUUGUAGCUAUACAAUGACACAGAUGUAUAAUUUAUAGUCAACUAAAGACACACCGAUUAGAAAAAGGUUUUGUUUAGAAUAAUUUUACUAAAAAACGUGGUUAUUUUCACUAAGAAUUAUGUCCAAAAUCGUUUAUGAGACCAGUGAUCACAUCACAGCUUGUAUUCUCCAGUGUAAGCAAUGAAUGUAUAUUGAGAGAUCAUCUCGCUGUCCCAUCACCAGGUGGCAGUUUUACCACAGUAAGAGAAGCAUGUGUUGUACACUGCCAACUGUGGAUAUGUAGUGUUGAUCUUGUUACAUACAAUAAAAAUAUAUAUUUUCAA